AGAUGGAUUCGGAAAGGAAGGCUCAGCCGAUGCGUGUGCUCGUCACGGGCGGAUCCGGAUUGGUCGGGAAGGCCAUCGAGCACGUGGUGAAACAAGAAGGCGGCUGUCUCGAGGGCGAACAGUGGACCUUCCUCUCCUCCAAACAGGCCAACCUUGUAGAUCUACAACAGACAAUAGCAGUUUUUAAGAAGUAUCGGCCCACCCAUGUCAUCCACUUGGCUGCCAAGGUGGGAGGACUCUACCUUCACAUGAAGGAGAACCUACACUUUCUGAGGGACAACCUUCGCAUCAAUGACAACGUGCUGCAGACAUCUCACGAAAUGGGCGUCACCAAGGUGGUGUCCUGCCUGUCCAGCUGCAUCUUUCCUGACAAGACCACCUACCCUAUCGAUGAGAGCAUGAUCCACAAUGGGCCUCCACACGACUCGAACUUUGGCUACUCACAUGCCAAAAGAAUGAUUGAUAUUCAGAACAGGUGAGCUGGUGACUAAUCUGUUACCUGUGCAGGUACAUUAGCACACAGUUUAAAGACCCACUCCAGCCUCCCUAGCACCUCAUUUAUCACCUGAUUUACUUAACAAAAGGUGCAUUUCAGUAGCUGGUACAGGUCCCUCAU